UCCGGAUCUCUUUGUUGUGGUUGCAGCUGCAGAUCUCCGCGCGCCGCUUCUCGCGUUGAAUCCGCUUCCUUACCGCGCGGAAAAGCGCCCCAGUGGUACCGCGUGCCUGGGACUCAGGACGGAGGAGGAUCUGUAGGUGUGCGACAGAUUCCAGCUGCGGUUGCGGAGAAAGAAGACGCGGAGUUUGCGUGCGGAGGACGGACGGAUGGCGAGGAUGCUGCCGCUGCUUCCACCCUGGACCAACCGGACCGCCUGCCAGGCUUCCUGAACACGGCAGUCCGCACGCGGCGCUCCGUCUGCUCCCCUCUCUCCCGGCUCUGAGCUCACCCUCUGCGGGACACAGCGCGAGGCAGUCGGACUGUUUUCUCGACUCAGUUCGGGAUUACGACAAAGUCUCGGGUCUUGUUUUUCCCCCUAAACACGAGUGGUUUGUGCACCGGUGUGUUAACGUUGAAUCGUCAUCAUCAUGGUGCUGUCGGGUCCCGGGGGGGCUGUCCGGUACCUGGUGUCCGCCUGCCUGCUGUCCCUGGUGCUGGACCUGCCGGAGGCUCGGGCUUCUUACCCCCCUCAGAGCGGAGAGUGCAAAGGCAAAGGGAAGGACUGCACAGAUCUAUCAGAGAAGAAGAGCGACCUGAGGGUCUGCGAUGACUCCACAUGCCGAUUCGGAGGCGUCUGCAGAGACGAUGGAGCUCAGCUCAAAUGUGUCUGCCAGUUCCAGUGCCACAAAAACUACGUCCCGGUGUGCGGCUCGAACGGAGACACCUACCAGAACGAGUGCUACAGGCGACAGGCGUCCUGCAAGCAGCAGAGACUCAUCUCCCGGGUGUCCGACGGGCCCUGCUCCGCCGAUCCAGGUUCUGGUUCUGGAGAUGGAGAAGAUGAUGAAGGUUCAGGCUCUGAAGUCGGGAAGAAGUUCACCAAGUGCAGCACAUGUAAAUAUGGAGCAGAGUGUGAUGAAGACUCAGAGGAUGUCUGGUGCAUAUGUAACAUCGACUGCAGUGGUCACAAUGAAAACCCGGUGUGCGGCACUGAUGGAAACUCCUACAACAACCCCUGUCUGGUCCGAGAGGCAUCGUGCAUGAAGCAGGAGCAAAUCGACGUCAAACACCUGGGCAGGUGCCUCGCUGAUAAAGAACGGGUGGGCAAGAAAGACGACAGCAGCCCUUUUAAAGUCAACAUUUUAGAAACCAAAGGUCUGGAUCAUGGAGAUGGAUUCUACGCUGGGAUGCCGAUCCCCUGUGCCGACAGCUACGCCGGCUUCUGUGUGCAUGGAAAGUGUGAGAUCAAAUACAACAUGGCCACCUGCAGGUGCGACGCAGGCUACAAAGGUCCUCAGUGUGAUGAGCCUCAGGACUUCAACAUCCUCUACGUGGUUCCCAGUGGACAGAAGCUGCACUACGUCCUCAUCGCCGCCAUCAUUGGUGCCGUCCAGAUUGCCAUCAUUGUUGCCGUGGUGAUGUGCAUCACAAGGAAAUGUCCAAAAAACAACAGAGGUCGUCGACAAAAACAAAACCUGGGACACUUUUCCUCGGACACUAAUUCCAGGAUGGUAUAGCCUGUUUCUUGCUGGUUGUUUUUGAUAAGUUUUUUCUUACAGCGUGGGAAUAACGAUUUUUAACAGUAGGUGUAGUAUUUUUUUUUUUUUUUUUUUUCUCUCUCUCUCUCUCCUGGGAAACCACUAAAAGAGGAAUUAGAAAAUAUUUAUUUAAGGGGCCUUAUUUCCCUCCUUUUGGUUCUGGAUGGAACAUUUUUAGCAAUUGUGAUUUUUUGUUUUUUUUUAAUGCAAAUCGGGAACAAGGAGCUGAAUGAACGCGACUCAACGUGAUGUCUGCCUGCUUUAUUAAAGCUUUUGUUGAAUGCUUUACAGUCUUUUCUGUAAACUUGCUAACAGAGUAAUGUCUGCCCCUCUGGAAUGUUAUUUAUUGGAUUUUUUUUCCUUCUUUUGUCCCUCUCUGCUUUGCUCUUUUACUAAUAAUGUGCAGCUGAUCACCAAAUGCAGUUUGUUUUUAAUGUUUUUGUCUUUUUCUGUAGGAGGUGAGAGGGAACCAGCCAGUGUGAUAGUUUACAUUAAUUCUUUGGUAUAAAGCUCCAUGUCAAGGUUUCACUGUGUUAAAACAUGCUAAUAAUUUAUUGUUAUGAUACUGAACAUUCUUUUUUUGAAAGUAGUUUUUACAUAAUAUUUUUACGUUAACUUUUAUCCCAAAUUCUAGUUCCUGUAUAUUAGCAUGACUUGUGAAAACUGUGUACUGUGGUGUAGUUUAAACUUUUUAAAAGGAAACGCUGUUGGCCUCGACACGUCCUCCAUCCUCAUUUUGUAGCGGUGGGAAAAUAAAACGUUGGACAAAUUUCAGACUAAAUUCGGAUGCCUAUCAACCGCUCGAGGAACCACAAAAAAACAUUUGUACAUGUUGUUAACGGCUUAGAGGCUGGAAUGUUUUUGCAUCUCCGUUGGUAAAUCUGAAGAUUGUAGAGGAAGGACUUUAGUCCAACUGCAAAUGGACGUCAAUUCUUCUUAAUUUCAUGAGAAAACUGGAAGUUGUUUGGAAGUCUGCGUUGCUGAGAUGGCUGUAGUUGAAGCUUUUCUUUGAAUGUGAGAAAAAACAUUUAGUCUUUUUCUGAUUUUACUUUCAGGGUUUCUCCUCUCCGGCACAUUCCAAGCACAUGGGAUCCCUCGAACUACACAUUCGUAAUCCUGUGAACAACACGUAAAACACACUUAACCGUACAGAGAGACUCCAUGUCCCUCUGGUAUGAACAUGUGAUUUGAUACAUGUCUUAAAGUUAGAAGUAGCGUGCAGCUGAUUCACUGUCAUUAAAGUCUUAUAGCGUAUUAAUGUGUUGAAGUCUGUCCAUGAAGAGGCUUUCACAUGAGGUGAGGCAUGCUGGACUGAGUGGAUGUGAGUGUGUGUUAGAAAGAGGAACACAGUCAUUUCCUUUCUUUAGUAAAUGACCCUCCAUGAUAAAAACUUCAGGUCUAACUGAAGCAACACAUACAGCGAGCUCUUCCAGAUCUCCUGCAGGUUGAGUAGGGAUUCAUCCUGAUGGAGAGAGUCUCAUGCAGCCAUCACGCUGUACAAUGUCUGCUAGUUUCUGCCUAAGUUUGAAGUAUUUUAACUUCAGUGCAGAUUUAUUCUCAAGUUAAGCAGCACAUAAACAUAAAAGGGCUCUGGAAGCCGAGCGUCCUAUGUGAAAGCCCCUUUCAGCAUCUGUGUGGGUCCACAUGACGUAAAUGUUGUCAUCUAGCCAAACGUGGCCCUGCCGAAGAUCACGUGGACUGUGCGCACAGCCAGCGAGGGGUCUGUGCAUGUGCCAGGAGAGCAAGCUGGAUGCUCGUUUCGUGCUCCGUCUGUAUUUCAUGUUUGUACUGUGUUCAGAAUUACGGUCCUGUUGUUGAUAAGCUGUUUCACUCACUGUUUUCUUUUCCAUGUUGUUCAGACAAUAAACAAAGCUCAAC